AUGGCCGACAGCGAGACAACUCCUUUAGCGCAAAAUACGGCUUCCACGCCUUUGGCCGAUGCGGAAAAGAUACGCAUGAAACGUCUAGCUAAGCUAGGCCAGACUUCUGUCGGAACUACGUCACACAACUCCGCAAGUGCAGGGACGAGUAAUAGCAAGAGAGCAUUGCGGGUUGAAGAGACUAGUGUUAAGCAGAAAAAGUCUCCACUCCCAAAAUCUCAAGUUCCUGCUAAAUCGUUUGAGGAUUGGCAGAAUGACACAAUCUCAAAGGUCUUGCGCAUUACUCUUGAUAAAUCAGCGGCAGAAAAGAGUAGCCAUGUUUUGAUCUACCUAAAUACUCUCGUCGACGAAUUAAAAGAAGAAUAUCCUGAGAACGCGUCUGGAAAUUUCAAACUUUCCCAAUCUCUACUGGAUCGCGCACUUUUCGCACGAUUGUCACUAGAUCCGAAUGGAAUGAGUGAUAAUGAUGAUACUACUAUUGCUAUUGCAAGUCUACCAGCAGUGCCGUUAUUUGAUUACUUAGUGGAUUGUUGGAAAAAUGUGGUUGACAUUAAGAAGAAUGUACUAGCACGUGAGAAGAUGUUGGACCCAGCCGUCUUGAAUCAAAGAAUUGAGGUGCUGGAUAAAGUAAAAGGACUUGUUGUCUCGUACGCUGGGUUGAUACUACAAUCGCCAGAUAUGUUCCCACAAGUUGAAACUUCUGUUCCUUUGGGCUCUCAGCAAUUGUUACCAAAACUCCUGGCAGAGACUGAUACGGAUGAUGGACUACCAUUGGAAUUUGUUAGAGACUUGGCUGUUAGGUUUGAGAAUGAUGAAUUUGAAGAGGCAACUAUUCGCGGGGUAUCCGCUCAGAUACGUCAUGUGAACGUAUUAAGUGACUUUCGACCCGCCUUGCGUGCAUUCACACUGCUUACUGAGAUUAAGCAAAUUGCAGCAAUGCUACCAACACUUCCAAGUUGGAAUCCAAAUCAUACGACAGCCCGAACGUUCGAAGUUGCUACGUUGGUUGGUCCAUUCUGCAGACUGUCUACUUUUCCUGAGGAGGUAAAGGUAACAGAAGCCUACUUUACGAACCCUCAGAAACGAUCCCAGGUGGAUAUCGAUUCGGCGAUUAAUAGCUUGAGGGGAACAAUACAAGGAAUUCAGAAAACUCUUUAUCGUAUAUUCCGUAAUCUCGUUCAUGCAUCUCCGGCUGCGCGUGGAAAAGUUCUAGAAUACUUUGCAACAGCAAUUCGUUUAAAUGAAAAAAGAGCACAAAUGGCGGUGGAUCUUCUGACUGUGGGAACAGAUGGCUUUUUGACAAAUUUAGUUACAGUACUACUUAAGCUCUCCGAUCCUUUCAUGGAUGCAGAGUAUUCGAAGAUUGACAGAAUCGAUCCGGAAUACUUCCGUAAGUCUAACAGAAUAAAUAUAAGCCAAGAAACUAAGAUAAAGGCAAACCAGCAGGAAGCAGAGGCUUACUAUGGAAAUAUCCCCACAGACGCCCAAGCACCUAAUUUUAUUUCCGAGAUAUUCUUUUUGAACGUUGCUAUGCAUCAUUACGGACUAUUACGUACAUUUGCAAAUUAUAACAAUUUUAUAAAGGAUCUUAGUGAUAUCCAAAAGCAAAUUGAGAGAUUGAAGGAAGAGCGACCUCAAUGGUCUGGGACACCAAUUGCAGUGGUUAACGAAAACUUGUUAAAACUCCGUGAGAAAGAAUUUGAAAAAAUGCUUUCGCAGAAACUUGCCUUUGAUUGUCAAUUGAUGGAUCCAUCUCUGCUCACCCAUUCGCUACGAUUUUAUAAUCUGGUUAUGACAUGGAUACUCAGGAUGGUUGACCCCGAACGAAAGUAUCCAAAGGAGCGAAUACGACUACCUUUACCAGAAAAUCCGCCUGAAGUUUUUGUCAUGUUGCCGGAAUACUUUAUUGAAGACAUCACCGAAUACUUUUUAUUCAUUGCAAAAUAUGCUCCUCAGAUCAUAGCGCAAAACUCGUCUAUAGAAUUAGUAGAUUUUAUUAUUGUAUUCUUAAAGUCAUCAUCUUACGUAAAGAAUCCAUACCUGAAGGCGAGAUUAGUAGAGAUUCUUUUUUAUUUCACAUUACCUUUCAGAGGACAUUCUAACGGCGGUUUAGGCACUCAGCUCAAUCAAUAUCCAAUGUCUUUGGAAUAUUUGAUGCCCGCCUUAAUGUCAUUCUAUGUUGAGGUGGAACAGACUGGCGCCCAUACACAAUUCUACGACAAGUUCAACAUCAGAUACAACAUCUCACAAGUAUUCAAGUGUAUUCGCGUUCAUCAUACACACAGGGACAAGCUCAAAGAAGAAUCUCGGAAUAACAUGGACUCAUUUGUUCGAUUUGCAAAUCUUCUUAUGAACGAUGCAACAUUUCUGUUGGACGAGAGCUUGACAAAACUUGCAGAAAUUUACAACAUUCAAACUGAAAUGGACAGACAAGAAGUGUGGAAAUCAAAACCACAGCAAUACCGACAAGAGCGCGAAGCCCUUUUACAAUCCUUAGAACGCCAAGUAACCUCAUAUUUAACCCUUGGUGAUGAAACUGUCGGCAUGCUACAAUAUAUGUCGGCUGAAGUAGCCGAGCCCUUCUUAACACCCCAGAUCGUCGAUCGUCUGGCUGCCAUGUUAGAUUAUAAUCUGGUUACGUUGGUGGGGCCAAAGUGUACCGAAUUGAGGGUAAAAGAACCAGAGAAGUAUCGCUUCUCUCGAGAUGGGUUAUUGAAGCAGAUAAUAGAUAUAUUUCUGAAUUUAUGUAAUCAUAAGGAAUUUAUUCAAGCAGUAUCACAUGAUGGAAGAAGUUAUUCGAGAGAAAUAUUUCUUGAAGCAAAUAACAGAAUGAGAGAACUAAAAACUCAAUCCGAGACAAAUAUCAAAAAGUUUCAUGUAUUUGUGAAUAAGGUUGAAGAAGCGUUUAAGAGAGAUGCAGCGGGAGAAGAGGAACUGGGUGAAAUUCCUGAAGAAUUUUUGGAUCCUGUUAUGUACGAUUUAAUGGAAGAUCCAGUAAUUCUACCGACAUCUAAACAGACCGUUGAUCGUAGUACGAUUGCUACGCAUCUUCUUAGUGAUGCUACAGAUCCAUUUAACCGUGAGCCUCUAAAAAUCGAAGAUGUUAUACCGAACACUGAGCUUAAACAGCGCAUCGAAGCUUUCAAAGCAGAAAGGAGAAAGAAAUCGUCGGAUCCACCAUUGACUCCAUAUAGAAUUUAG